AUGGAGUCAUGGGAAUUCCCCUUUUGUAUCAUAUGUUAUGACAGAUUACUCACAAAUUUAACUCUUCUGCCUACCUGUGGACAUAUUUUCCAUAGUGAAUGUUUAAAUACCUGGUUUAAUAGACUUAAACUUAAGACCGGAAGUUGUCCUUUAUGUAGAACAUCUGUGAACAUUAAUAAGGUCAUUCCUCUAAAUUAUUCCAUCUCGAGAUCUGAUUCUAACGAAAAUUCAUCUUCUAGUGAUGAGAAUAAAGAAUAUGAUCAUCUAAGGCAUCAGUUAAGUCAGGCAUCUUCUGACAAUCUCGAUCUUUCUCAAAAGAUACAAUCUCUCAAGACUGAGAAUGAUGAUCUCCAAUCAAAAUUAAAUGAAGAGAUUUCAAUUAAAGAAGCCUUGACUACUGAGAACAAGGACCUCAAAUUUACUAACGAAAAGAACAUCACGACAAUUAACGGACUUGCCAACAAGGUUAUUGACCUUAAUGAGAAGCUCACUAAGUUCUCACAUGUUUCCAGAUAUCUUGAGAAUCAAAAUAUUCCAGAAGCCGAGAAUUUAAAGUCGUUCCUCUCCCAAUUUACCCAUGAGGAGAACAUGAACAUCCUAACUUCAAGGAUAGUGGAGCUUGAAAAUUCAGUAUCUGAUUUGACCGAGAGGAACAGGAAGCUGAAGAAUGAGCGUGACGAAACUGAUAUUAUUUACAAGAAGUUGAGGAUGGAGUUCAUUAAAAUGUAUUCGUAUUUUAACCCUCCUGUGGAGGAAAAGAAGAUUGAGCUGCCUGGAAUCAAUGACAACUACAGUGGUAGUUGCACCAGGAUGAGACCACAAAAAUCAAAUAAGAAUUCCAUGGACCAUAACUCGGAGCAUUCAGGACAAUUAACACCUUCGUCCUUUUUAACUAAUAAUCAUCCAAUGAGCCCAUUCAUUAACAAUAGGACGAAGAACGUUCUGGAUACAAGCAUGUCCGGUCAAAUGAAUUUAACGCCUGGAAGAACCAUGAAGUAUUCUAAAAUCAAAAAGGUUAAGCUUGUAACACCGGAUUACGCAAACAAUGAACGCUCUAAGUUGGUGUCAUCGCAUGAAAGGAGAAACACAUUCAUCGCAUAUCCCUCAGCUAGUCCAGGUUCCUCGCCAGAUCCAACAGGUAUCAGGAAACCAAAAUCUAAGUUAAAACCCAAUUAUGAAAUUGGAAACAAUGGUAAAAAUAUGGAUCCUCUAGCAAACAACAAUAAACUCCCAAGCAUUUACGCAUUUUUUAAGGCCAAGGAUAAAGAUAAUAGUAAUAUAAUAUAA